AAAAAAGUUUUGCUUUACUUUUGUAGACGAAAGAACAAGAGUCGGGGGUGUUGGCGUAGUGAAGGGGACUGGCCCAGCGGUACUUAGACUGGAGGCGGAUUUGGUCGGCCCAUACGCACAUCGCCGAUAAGUUUCCGCCGGCACUUUCAGGUUUCUCCUCUCUCCACGAUUUUCUUCUAUGAUGCAUUUCUUCGAGAGCACCAAGUGACACCAAUUGAGAUGAGCGACACCAAUCGACCGAGAUACUGAGUGAGCGUGACAGUACCAACCAAGCAAAGGUUGGACAAAAGUGACACCAACUGUGCGAGAGAGAGAUGAAGAUCAAGUAGACAAGAGAGAGGUAGACAAACGAGACAAGAUUGUUUUUCCACGUCCUUGGAGUGUAUUUAGUAAUUCUCCUCAAAUUUCGUAAGUAAGGGUUAUUCGAAACCUUUUGAAAAACGGACCAUUCAACAUUUCUUUUCCAAUUUUUGGGUCAUCCACUCGGCGGACUAUUAUUUAGCCGAAACUGUAAAAAAAGAAAGAAAGAAAGAAAAAGUUAAUUAACCGAAAAUCCACUUUGAUAUGUUGUGAUACUCGGAAUUCGCGGGAUCGCUGCCGAACAAUUUCUGGGUCAAUCUCAUAUUUCUCAGUAAUUUGAUCGGCGCGCCGCUAACGGAUACAACUUCCCUAGAUCGAGAUGAACCGGAAACUCUACCCCAAAUCCCUAAUACCGACCGUCGAAAGCUGAAACCCUACCUUGAUUUUGGAUUCUGCCAUAGGUUUUCUUUCUGCUGGGGAAUAAUGGAUUUAUCCACAUUGAAUCCUGGACAGCUGACUGUAGUAGGAUCCGGAUUCUGUGUGAUGUUGACAAUGCAUUACACCAUGCAGUUAUUAUCUCAGCAUCUCUUUUACUGGAAGAAUCCUAAGGAGCAAAAGGCCAUAGUAAUUAUUAUAUUAAUGGCUCCCUUAUAUGCAGUAGACUCAUUUGUGGGUUUGCUAGAUAUCAACGGGAGCAAGGAGUUUUUCAUGUUUCUGGAUUCUGUUAAGGAAUGUUACGAAGCUUUGGUAAUUGCUAAGUUCUUGGCUCUGAUGUAUAGCUACCUGAAUAUAUCUAUGAGCAAAAAUGUUAUACCAGAUGAAAUCAAGGGAAGGGAAAUUCAUCACUCGUUUCCAAUGACACUGUUUCAGCCCCGAACUGUUCGUUUGGACCAUCGGCAUCUACUACUUCUCAAACAUUGGACAUGGCAAUUUGUUAUCAUCCGCCCUGUUUGCUCUGUUUUGAUGAUAACGCUGCAAUUAUUGGGAAUGUAUCCCAGCUGGUUAAGAUGGACAUUUACUAUCAUCCUUAACCUCUCAGUUUCUUUGGCUAUGUAUUCUCUGGUUGUCUUCUACCAUAUUUUCGCCAAGGAACUUAAACCACACAAUCCAUUGGCCAAGUUCAUGUGCAUCAAAGGAAUUGUAUUCUUCAGCUUUUGGCAGGGUGUAGUCCUAGAUAUACUUGUUGCUGUGGGCAUUAUUGGAUCAAACCACAUGUGGUUAGACGUUGAGCAUGUUGAAGAGGCUUUCCAGAACGUGUUGAUAUGUUUAGAGAUGAUUGUCUUCUCUGUUUUGCAGCAGUAUGCUUUCAAUGUUGGACCUUACAGUGGAGAAGUUGAAAGAAAACUUAAAAUGAGAAAGAACGAUUAAUGUUGGAAGUAGGUUUGAUGAAACUAUAUAAUGAAAUUUGACGUUACCAUUUGACAAGUCUUUGUAUACAAUGAAGGGUAUUUAUCAACCAUGGAAGAUCUGUUAUUUUAUUUGCUCAAUUUUAGUUUGGUUUGUCUUCAACAGAAAUGCAAAAACAUGUACUCAAGGAAGCAGAAUGUAGACUAGAAAACUUGGUCGUUGAAUGAGUGAAAUCUAGUGGGUUUGGAACCA